AUGGCUUCUGUCCAGGCAUCGGCAGCCAUGCCGCUGUCCGGCUCCGCGCCUCCCAAUGGCAUUACCUCGCAGCAAGUACACGAAGUAUAUAUGCGCUUUCGUCAAAUGAAGGAACAGGGUGUCUCCCAAUCUGAUCCCGACUUCAUCAAAACACAGCAGUUUUUGAUGAACAUCCAACAGCAACAGGCCUUCAAGAGACAGAUGAUGCAGCAGCAGCAGCAGAACCAACAGCAUGCAGCGCAACAGGCAGCGGCCGCAGCUGCGAACAGUGCCCUCAACGGCGGCGGUAUCCCCCACCCGGGUCGUCCUGCACAAGGAUACCCAUCCCAGGUCGGCCGGCAAAUUUCACAAGGCGGCAUGGCGCCGGCGGCAGGAGUUGGUGCCAACCCCAGCACACCUGUCACCGCUGCUUCUCCCGGCGUCCCGUCAGCAACCCCAGGUGGCACGCCUGGCAAUCCGCCUGUCAGUGGCCACUUCACCCAGCAGCAACUGAGUCUUCUCCGACACCAGAUCCAGGCGUUCAAGCACCUCACGCGGAAUGCUGGUGUUCCACUCCAGACCCAGCAGGUGAUCUUCGGACAACGAUCGCGGAGACUGAAUGCAUCCAUAUCUGAGAAAGCACCACAAGUCGGGCCGGCUCUUGCUGGCGCUAAGCCCACGCCACCUAUGGGUGCUGGAGCACCUGCCCCAGCAUCUGCUGCGCAAACGGCCAGCGGAUCUGGCGAGGAUGGGACUAAGACAGCAUUGAACGGCGUUGAUUCUGCUGCCGCAGAUGCAUCUGUGCCUGCCCGCAAGAUAAAGUCGUUCAAGACUGUGCAAUCGCCGUAUGAGUCUGGUGUGGUCAGAAAAUCUAUCAGCUACUUCGACCACGGCCGGCGCAUCAAUCGGCCGGUCAUUCCAGGUAUCCUACCUACCGGUAUAGAUUUCGAUGCUCUGCGUAUCGAGCGAGAGAAGAUUGUCUUCAACCGGAUGAGUGCUCGGUACGCCGAGCUCAAGGCUCUGCCGAGCAAUAUCAGCUAUUGGGACACGGCCACGAACACCUUGACUCCGGACGAUGCCAUCAAGCGGAAGGCUUACAUCGAAAUGAAGUGCCUUGGCUUGUAUUCGCUGCAGCGGGCUCUGCGGGACAAAAUUGGCCGGCAAAUGAUGCACUAUGACAAUCUGGCCAUGACUACGAAUCGCAGCAGCUAUCGCCGGAUGAAGAAGCAGAACGUGCGCGAAGCACGCAUCACUGAGAAACUCGAGAAGCAACAGCGCGAUGCCCGUGAGCACCGCGAGAAGAAGAGACACACCGACUUCCUUGAUGCUGUCAACAAGCACCGCGCCGAAUUGCAGGCGAAUGCUGCCAGCCAGCGGAACAAGAUGCAGAAGCUUGGACGUGUCAUGUUCAACCAGCACUUCAACAUUGAGAAGGAGGAGCAGAAACGGAUUGAGCGCACCGCCAAGCAGCGUCUGCAAGCCCUUAAGGCUAACGACGAGGAGGCUUACCUCAAACUGCUCGACCAGGCAAAGGAUACCCGUAUCACCCACCUCCUGCGGCAGACAGAUGGUUUCCUGCACCAGCUUGCUUCGUCCGUCAAGGCUCAGCAGCGUGAGGCCGCCGAGCGCUACGGUGACGAACGGCUUCGCGUCGAAGAAGAAAGCGAUUUUGAUUCGGAAGACGAGGACCGUACCCGCAAGAUUGACUACUACGCUGUGGCGCAUCGCAUCCGGGAAGAGGUCACCGAGCAAGCCAACAUACUCGUUGGUGGUAGGUUGAAGGAGUAUCAGGUCAAGGGUCUCCAGUGGAUGAUUUCGUUGUACAACAACAACCUGAACGGUAUCUUGGCAGACGAGAUGGGUCUCGGCAAGACCAUCCAAACAAUCAGUCUGAUUACGUACCUGAUUGAGCGGAAACACCAGACUGGCCCGUACUUGGUCAUCGUGCCACUGAGUACGCUGACCAAUUGGAACCUGGAGUUCGAGAAAUGGGCGCCAUCUGUUUCCCGCAUCGUCUACAAGGGUCCGCCAAACGUCCGGAAGACGCAGCAAGACAAGAUUCGCCAAGGACGGUUCCAAGUGCUUCUCACGACGUACGAGUACGUCAUCAAGGACAGGCCGUUGCUGAGCAAGAUCAAAUGGUUCCACAUGAUUGUGGAUGAAGGUCAUCGUAUGAAGAACAGCAACUCAAAGCUCAGCGCAACCAUCUCACAACAUUACAAUACUCGUUUCCGUCUUAUUCUCACCGGUACCCCUCUGCAGAACAACCUCGGCGAACUGUGGGCCAUGUUGAACUUUGUUCUGCCAAACAUUUUCAAGUCGGUGAAAACGUUUGACGAAUGGUUCAACACUCCCUUUGCCAACACCGGCAGCCAGGACAAGAUGGAGCUCAAUGAAGAAGAACAGAUCCUGGUCAUUCGGCGCCUUCACAAGGUGCUGCAGCCAUUCUUGCUGCGGCGUUUGAAGAAGGACGUCGAAAAGGAUCUUCCCGACAAGACAGAGAAGGUCAUCAAGUGCAAGUUCUCCUCGUUACAGGCCCGCCUGUACAAGGAGAUGUUGACAAACAACAAACUGAUUGUCAGCGAUGGCAAGGGUGGCAAGAUGGGUGCCCGCGGUCUGAGCAACGUGAUUAUGCAGCUGCGCAAGCUGUGCAACCACCCUUUUGUGUUUGACGAGAUCGAGACUGUCAUGAACCCGCUAAGCAUCAGCAACGACCUCUUGUGGCGAACUGCUGGCAAAUUUGAGCUUCUUGAGCGGGUUCUGCCGAAGUACCAAGCGACUGGCCAUCGUGUGCUCAUGUUCUUUCAGAUGACGGCCAUUAUGGACAUCAUGGAAGACUUCUUGCGAUACCGGAACGUCCAGUACCUUCGUCUAGAUGGUACAACCAAAGCCGACGAACGGUCUGAUCUCUUGCGGGAGUUCAAUGCGCCAAACUCUCCAUAUUUUAUGUUCCUGCUAUCGACACGUGCUGGCGGUCUAGGUCUCAACCUGCAAACUGCAGACACAGUCAUCAUCUACGACUCGGAUUGGAAUCCUCAUCAGGAUCUUCAGGCCCAGGAUCGUGCGCAUCGUAUCGGUCAAAAGAACGAGGUGCGCAUUCUUCGGCUUAUUACGUCAACCUCAAUCGAAGAGAAGAUUUUGGAGCGGGCGAGAUACAAACUCGAUAUGGAUGGCAAGGUUAUCCAGGCCGGUCGGUUUGACAACAAGUCUUCCGAGACGGAUCGAGAUGCUAUGCUGCGGACGCUGCUAGAGACGGCAGAUAUGGCCGAGACGGGCGAGCAGGAGGAAAUGGAUGACGAGGAACUCAACAUGAUUCUAGCCCGCAGCGAGGCCGAGCUAGUGACUUUUCAGAAGAUGGAUGAGGUGCGCAGCCACGACCCUAUCUACGGCACCUCCCCGGGUUGCCAGGGUCUUCCGCGCCUGAUGGCCGAGAACGAGCUGCCGGACAUUUACUUGGCCGAUACCAGUCAGGUCGAGGAGGAAGCUGAGGUCAUUCUCGGGCGCGGUGCGCGCGAACGGACCAAAGUGCGGUACGACGAUGGCCUCACGGAAGAGCAAUGGCUCAUGGCAGUUGAUGACGAUGAAGACAGCCCAGAAGCUGCAGCUGCGCGCAAACAGGCUCGCAAAGACAAGCGCGAGGCUAACCGGCAAAAACGGGUCGGCGGCGGCGGAAGUGUGUCAGCCGACCUCUCUCCUUCAGUCAGCCGUGCCAGCUCAGAAGAACCGGAACAGGAGACCCCGGUCAAGAAGCGGGGCCGCAAGCCGAUUACGAAGAACGAGAAGCGCAAGGCAGACGACGGCGAGGACGAGGCACUGCCACCACCGGCCAAGAAGAGACGUGGGCCCCAGGGCCGUCCAAAGGCUGUUGCCGGCCAAGCAAAUGGCAGUUUCGGUGCCAUCGAUGGCUCCAUCACGGCUCCACAGCGUGUGGCACUCCAGGAGAGUUUGCGGCGCAUUUUUGACGGCCUGAUGACGCUUGAAGUCGACGACCCUGAGCCAGAAGACAGCGAUGAUAAGAACGAAGCUGACAAGGACGAGGACGAUGACCUGGCAAAACGCAUCAUCAUUGGGCCCUUUGUUAAGCUGCCUUCGAAGCGAGAUUACGGCGACUACUAUGUGAUCAUUCCGAAGCCGAUUUGCAUGAAUCAGAUCAAUGCCAAGAUUAAGAAGAACGAGUACCGCCGGCUCAGCGACAUGAAGGCCGAUAUCCAGCUUCUGUGCAGGAAUUGCCGUACCUACAAUGACGAUGGUAGCCUACUGUAUGCUGAUGCCAACACGAUUGAAAGUUAUUUCCUUGACAAAUUCAGAGACGAGCUGGCGGCGCAUCCGGAGCUUCAGGAGCUUGAACCGUCCUCGGAGAAGGAAGUGUCGCUGGCGCCUACAACAAGAUCUGGCACACCGGCAGUGGCAGCAAACCCACUACCGAAGAUUAAGCUUGUAUCUAACGGUGCAAGCUUCAAUACCAAUGGGGAGGCUAAUGGUACCAGAUCGGAAGACAGCUGA